AUGUGGAUUCUGCCUCUGGUUGGCUACCUCGGCUCCAUCGUGGGCUUUUGCUUCUUGACCUUGGCCAUAGCCUCCGGUCUCUACUAUCUCUCCGAGCUCGUCGAAGAGCAUACGGUCAUUGCCAAGCGACUCCUGACGCAACUCAUAUUCGGCAUCAUUGGACUGCAAACAAUACUAUGGCUGAUUGACGGGCUGCCCUUUACCUUGUCCUUGAUGAGCAUCGUCUCUCACGUUGUUUAUCUUGGCAACAUGCGACGCUUCCCAUUUGUGCGAUUGACGGAUCCCUUGUUCGUUGUUUCUUGUGUGCUCGUGCUUGUCAACCACUAUUUCUGGUUCCGCUACUUCUCCGCGGUCCAGCAGCGAUCCUACUCCCGCCUUAGCAACAUCUAUGACCAACCCGAUAUACCGUCCUUUGCCGAGAUUGCCUCAUAUUUCGGUAUUUGUGUUUGGUUCAUCCCUUUUGCGCUCUUUGUCAGCUUGUCCGCCAGCGACAAUGUGCUGCCAACCAUGGGCUCGGAACAGCCGUCGAGCAGCACGGAUGGAAAGAAUAAGCGUCAAAGCAUUGUCAAGGUCGGAGUCGACUAUGUUCUCUCUGGCAUUGGAGAGGUGUCUCGAAUGGCCGGCUGGAAGAAGCCCGAGGACAGGUUUUGA